ACUUUACGGCAUUUAGUUACACAACAUGGCGGCUCUUAUGAGAAAAGUAUCUGUCUGCAGCCGAAAUGGUAAAGGUUUGUGGUCAUACCUUCGCCAGAGGCACUAUUGUGCUAAUGCCACUAAAACAACACCAAAGAUAACAACACAUUACACUGUUCAUCCCAGAGACAAGGAUCCAAGAUGGGCAGAGGUAGACAUGGAGCGGUAUGGGGAUGAGACAGAUGUUCUCAUUGUUGGAGGGGGGCCUGCUGGUCUCUCUGCAGCUUGUAGACUCAAACAGAUGGCAAAUGACCAGGGAAAAGAGCUGCGGGUCUGUCUGGUGGAGAAAGCAGCUGAAAUAGGUGGACACACUCUAUCCGGUGCAUGUAUUGAACCAAAAGCACUGGAAGAACUUUUUCCUGACUGGAAAGAACGAGGGGCUCCACUUCAUACAAAGGUAAAAGAAGACAGAUUUUCAUUGCUCACCAAAACAGGAAGAAUACCAAUUCCAAUUUUACCUUUUUUUCCGAUGAACAACCAUGGUAACUACAUUGUACGACUAGGUAAUGUAGUACGGUGGCUUGGUGAGCAAGCAGAGGCCCUAGGAGUGGAGCUAUACCCUGGCUAUGCUGCUAGUGAGGUUUUGUUUCAUGAAGACGGGAGUGUUAAAGGUAUUGCAACUAACGAUGUAGGAAUAUACAAAGAUGGAUCCCCAAAGGACACAUUUGAGAGGGGGAUGGAACUACAUGCCAAAGUGACUAUAUUUGGGGAAGGUUGUCAUGGCCAUCUGGCAAAACAGCUGUACAAGACAUUUGACCUGAGAAAAGAUUGUGAGCCACAAACUUAUGGUAUAGGACUGAAGGAACUCUGGGAGAUUGAUCCCUCACAACAUGUCCCUGGACGUGUGGAACACACUGUGGGCUGGCCUUUUGACAAGAACACCUAUGGUGGAACAUUCCUUUAUCACCUGGAUGAGGGCCCAAUGGUUGUUGUAGGCAUGGUGGUUGGUCUUGAUUAUACUAACCCCUUCAUCAACCCAUUCCGAGAAUUACAGCGAUUCAAACACCAUCCUGCCAUCGAACCCAUAUUCAGGGGAGGUAACCGUGUAGCAUAUGGUGCCCGCGCUCUCAAUGAAGGCGGAUUACAGUGUAUUCCUAAACUGACUUUUCCUGGAGGUUGUUUAAUAGGCUGUAGCUCAGGAUUUAUGAAUGUGCCUAAGAUCAAGGGAACACACAAUGCCAUGAAGAGUGGUUUGGUAGCUGCUGAGUCAGUGUUUGAUACACUUUUCAAUGAAGAGAUCAUGUCAAAUUCUCCUACAACAAGUCCUGAACCAAGUCUGUAUGAGGAGAGACUCCGGAAAAGCUGGGUAUGGGAUGAAAUGAAAGCUGUUAGAAAUGUAAGGCCAUCUUUCCAUUCCACAUUGGGUCUGUAUGGAGGUUUGGCAUACACAGGACUUUUCUACUGUUUCCUCAGAGGAAAAGAGCCCUGGACACUGAAACAUGGAGGUGCUGACAAUACACGACUAAAGCCUGCUGCUGAAUGUACCCCUGUUGAGUAUCCUAAGCCAGAUGGGAAGAUCAGCUUUGACUUACUGUCCUCUGUGGCACUGACCGGCACAAAUCAUGACCAUGACCAGCCUGCCCAUCUCACACUUAUGGAUGACUCGGUGCCUGUCAAUCAUAACCUGGCUAUUUAUGAUGGUCCAGAACAAAGAUUUUGUCCUGCUGGAGUCUAUGAAUAUGUGGACACAGAGGAUGGGACAGGCAAACGGCUUCAGAUCAAUGCCCAGAAUUGUAUUCAUUGUAAAACAUGUGAUAUCAAGGACCCUAGUCAGAACAUAAACUGGGUGUGUCCUCAAGGAGGAGAGGGACCCGCAUACAAUGGCAUGUAAGGCAAUCAUUUAGGGGUUGGGGAGAUUGCAGCAUUAACUGUUGAUGUGGAACAUUUGAAAUAUUCAGGACAGUUAACUGUUGCAUGCGGUGUGGAACUUUUGAAAUAUUCAGGUCAGUUAUAAAAGACUUUGUGUAAAAUGCAGGUUGAAUGAAAUGUAUAUAUAUUAUGGUGUAUGAAUGUAUUUGUACAAAGUGAUGUAUUCCUUGUAAGUGAAAGUGGAUAUAUGUAUAUGAUUGAUGAAGUGAAUGAUGUGGUUUAAUUUUAGGGCUAUUGCAGCAAGUUCAAAACUUGAAUACUGAUAGUUCAUGACAUUCAAUAAGCUUGUAUUAAAACAUAAUCAUUUGAAACCAAGACACACUUCAUUUUUUUUUUUUUUUCUUUUUUUUUUGUGAAAUUUUGUGUCAAUGGUUCAUUAUGCUUAAAUCAGACUUUUAGAAACAGGUACAAAUUUAUCACUUCUAUCCAUAAUUGAUAAUUUUUGGGCCUACCUGCUUGUCCGUUGUGUGUUUCAUAUAUUAUAUCUAUGCAAAUCAUUCAUAUUUCCAUGAUUGUUAAGUAAACAAAAGAAAAAAUGAAGAGUGGAUUUUGAAUGGACUGCUCUACGAGUCCUGUGGUGGGGAUGGAUGUUGAACUGAAGUAGCUGCUUAUUAAAGCGUAUAUAUGUAUACAUUUGUGUAGCCUAUCAAUGCAAUAUAAGGGACCACUGUAUACCCGACAGAUAUUUCUGGUGUUAUACAGUGUAUAGAUGAUAAAAAUAAAAAAUAAUGAGCAUUUAUUGGAAUCAUACAUAAAUGUUUGGGAAGUGUUGAAUUCUAAUUAAUAUCAGUUUGAAUUUUUUUAUCAGAAAAGUUUGUUGCAAUGUCAUUCGAGAUAUGUCUUAAAAAAUACAACUUGAAAACCACAGGGACUUGGCACAUAUUUCCAAUUCACAGUCCAUAUACCUGCUUAGUUCAUGCUUUAUUAUGUAUAUAUUAAUAUAUACAUAAAACUUCUAAAUGGACCAUGGGUUGGGAAGUUUUCAAUUUCUGCCAAGUCCCUAUGUUCAAAACAUAUACCGGUAUGUGACAUAAUAAGAUGGUCGUGAUUGUGAGAAACUGAAACUCAUAUUGAUUCAAAAUGAUAGGUUUUGUGAAAAUUUAAAUUUUAAGUGUUGUGUAUUUUUUAUUGGAGAUUUUUUAUAUGUACUUGAAAAUUUGAUUUAACAUUAUCUCAUCUCAAAAUAUCUGUGAUGCAAUUAAUCAGAUUCACAGGUAGUUGCCACCAAUACCACCCAACAAUCGUUAUAAAAAAUGUAAUUAUGAUACACAAUGUACUUAUGAUACACUUUAAACAGAGCAUUGGGCUAGGAAUUUGUGCCAAGUAUCUGUGGAAUGAUUAUAAUAGAUGUGGAUAUUACAAUAAUUGAUUUUAUGAGAUAAAGAUCUGGUAACAAUUAUAGAAAAAUAUUUAUACAUGUGAUAGAACAAUUAUUUUUUGUAUUGGAAAUAAAAUUUUCUUUCAUUAUAUUUCUUAAGGUCUGAGAUAUUCCAGAAUUAAUAGUAUGGGGUCAUAUUAGAACUUAUUUUAAUAGAAGAAUAUUCUGGUGCCAUUUUUCCUGCACAAUUGAUGAUGGAAUAACCUUUCGGCAUGACCUAGUAUUCUGCAUCUCCUUAUUUUGGCAACCAUGUCCAUCAUGACCAAGAUUAGAAGCUUUAUCUAGAAGUUAGAUAAACAUGUUUGCAAAUGUAACUAUAGUUGAACAAACUGACAAGAAAAUCAAGACUAACUUUGAUACUGGUUAGUCUUUUUGAUUUUAUACAAGGUUAUUUAUUAGGAAGGCAAUGUAGUCAAUUAAUCCUCAAUAAUUUGUCAAUAUAAACCAUGACAAGAUCAAAUCUGAAACCUGAAUACAAAUUACCUUUCAUUUACAUGCCGGGUUUCAAGAUUGCCGGUUUUACUUGCGAUAACAAGAUCUCAGAUUGAUUGAAGGUCCCCCUUUUUACCAUAAUAAGACCAGUAUAUUUAUUGCUUAUUGAUGACCUUAGUACUAUGUGAUGUGUUGACAAUAACAUCUAGUUAUCAGGUCAAUAUAACUUUGAGAAAGUGCAUGUAUGGGUUGAAAAUCAUAAGAGAUUGUAAUGUGCAAAUUAGAACAUAUCUGUUAAAAUAAACCAUUUUGAUUGUGAAA